UGAGCAGGUUUAUCUCUGUCAGUGGCACACUGAGAAACGGCAAAGAGACAGCACAAACAGUACUCCAGUAAGUGGUACAAACAAAGUCUGAAGGCGUUUACUCUCCCCUGUUAUCACCUGGACGUUGUCAUCUGGAGCUGAAUUUCAAAUUGUUGGCUUUGCCAUCAAAAUUUAGGCAAGAGGAAGCUCUCUUGAAACAAGAACCGAGAAAAUUACUUUAAAACCUUUUGUAAACUGGAGAAUCGCAAGGCUCUCUCAUCACAAACAUCUCAGAAGAGAAACGUCCAGCCCUUGCCAUCCAGAUCCAUGGCUGCACGUCCAAUGGAGACGGUGGGUUUCCCGGUUCUACCUGCACACAUAUUGGCAUCAGCAAUGGAGGAGUUUCCCCAGCAGCUGCCUGUGCCCAAGUGUCUAGCCAGGUGCCGAAACCGUCCCCGGCGGCCACGAGAUGCCCGGUUCAAGACCCAGCCGGUGACCUUUGCAGAGAUUGCAGAAGUGGAGGAAGAAGGGGCUUCGCCUCUGGAGGAAGAAAGGGCGAGACGGUCUUUCCUGCAGUCGCUGGAGAGUCUAAGAAAAAGCACACAGACUUUGCACCACGCGGGAUCCACGCAAAGCUGCCGCACCACAUCCACGCAGGCUAGUCUGGACUCCAGUGACUCAGACUCGGCACAGUGAAAGGCGACAGGAGGAGGAGGAAGAGACUGAGAGAUAUAAAGAGAGAGUUUAAGUAAGGAGGAGGAAGGAAAGUCAAACGGCUGAAGGGACUGGAAUUAUUUGUGUUUUGCACAUACUUUCCCUUGAAAUUCCUGAUUUACGUUUGUUAAAGGGAUAGUUCACUAAAAAAACGACACAUUUACUCACAUGUUGUUUCAAACCUGUAUGACUCUUUCUUUCUCAAAAUGAGAUGUUAAGCAGAAUGUUAGGGACUGGCAGCCUCAGUCACCAUUCACUUUCAAUGCAUCUCUUUUGAUAUUGACUGAGCCUGUGUUCUUUCUAACAUCUCAUUUAAUGUUUCCCGGAAAAAAGAAACUUGUAUGGGUUUGGAACAACAUUUGGGGGAGUAAAUAAUGCCAAAAUGUACAUCUUUGGAUGGACUAUCAUUUUAACCUAGUAAUGGUAUGCAUAUAAAUGCAUUUUAAAUGUGCAAAUUCCAGUCAAGUAAUGCUGGCAAACUGUUUAACUGUUUAAGCUUCUCUGCAAAACUAAGCUGUAGUAUUUUGGAAGAUUUCAGAAACCACUUAAAUUCCAUGCAAAUUCCUUUUUUUGCCACAUGAGACUUAAGGACCUGUGAGGUUUCAUGUGUAAUGAACUUGUAUGACAGAUAAGGUACUAUGUGCUAUUCCAUUGAGACUAAUGUUGUUGUUUAUAUCCCUUGUGCCUGCUUAAAGAUUGUACAGUCAAAUGGGUUCUUCACUGCUGAGCAGGAUGUAGACUGUCUUAUUUUGUUAUAAAUAAUCGGUUAUCUGAAAUACUGACAGAUAAUGUAAUGUAUUUUUACAGAAAAUAAACAGUGUUCAGGCAAUGGUGAACUUACUAAUGAACUCAAUAAUGAACAAAUAAUUUACUUUUUAAAUGUGUUAUAUUUAUUCACAGAUUAUUUUGUUAUAACAUAGUGAAAUUAGACAUUUGUUUUGAUGACACUGUGGACAUGAUAGUGAAGUCACUAUCACUGUAUGUAAGAGAAAAGAAAAGAAGGCUUUAUACUUCGAUUUGACUUUUAUUAUAUUUGCUAAUUUGUUUCAUACUUUCUUUAAUAUACAAAUAAACUUUAUAGCAUUGCA